AUGCCUCAAGGCUUCAGCCAAUCACGUAAAUGCCUCACUGCUGAACUGCUAAAUACCAUGACUCAUAUUUUCCUUCAAUCCUUAUCACACCUGUUUUGCUGUGGACAUAAACCCCCUCCAAACAGGUUGUUCCCCACCUAUGAAUCUCAUGUUGAAUCUCAUUCUCAACUUAGACAAGUAUCGGGUUACAGCCCCAUCUCAGUCACCUUGCUUACCCUUUGGGGAUUAGACCCCGCCCGUGACACUGGAGCAGAAGGCGAGGCAGAGCUGUCAGACCUUGAGAUGACCAAUGUGGUGAAGAAACCCAAACAUUAUCAUUUUGAGUUUGAGAAUAAAUUGUGGGACUUGGAGUCGGACUUGAACAGGAGGAGGGAGUCCUUGACUGAGGAAACUAAGAAACCCAUUGAACCGGAACAAAAUUUGAACCACAUUUCCGGACUAUCAGAAGGACCAUCAUCUGUGUCUCGUUGUACACACACUCAACGGCGAGCAUAUCACCAUUCUCUCAUCAAUACUGCUCGUCAUGAGCCCAAUCUCCAAACUCCAUCUGCCUACAUUCCUCAACUCUUAGGUCUUGACCAUGUUGGUGAGAAAAUCAUUGUUCAUGUUUGUCAACCCCACCCACCAUGUCUUCAUGUCAUCAACAAUAUUAUCACUACCAAUCUCCACAAUCCCAAUUGUAAAGGCUUUAUAUCUUUACCCAAAAUUACAAAAGCCCUCCGUGACAAUCAUUUAUCACCUCUCAUCCAACUUCGAGCUGGCUUCAACAUCCUUGUUGACAAGACAAAAGGGAAGGAGGGAGAAGUCUUUGGUGUGGUCUAUUACCAAAAUCUUAAACAUCUCAGCCAGUCUUCAAAGAAUGAGGCUCUCAAUAUCAUGCGUCUUGUUGACCUCAUAUCACGUACCAACAACAACAUCAUCAAGACCAAUGGGGCAUCCCAUGCCAAGGAGUCAAAAGCAUAUGGAUGGCGCAACUCUUUUGUCCCGGGGGAAGGUAUCACCCGCUACAAUCCAAAACAGGGGAAGGGGGUCCAGCUUGAGGAGAUCAAUCUGGAAAUGCCAAAGGUUGCCAACUACUUCGACAGACGUUCCAAGAUCUUAUUUCAAGCAGUGUUCAAUGCAACCCAACCCCAUGCUGAAGAUAAUCAUAUUCCUCGUUUUGAGGUACAAGCUACUGACUCAGGGCUAUGGAAGAACACUCCAGGUGCCAACAUGUUCUCCACUACUCGGGGUGGUUUCUCGAACACACCUCAUCAGGCUCGAGACACCUCUCCAUUCAACAUUGGACUAUUCUUUGCUGGAGCUGUGAGAGAAGGAAGGUUCAGUGGAGAUCUGUCUCGUGUCAGCAAACAACUGCAUGGAGGUGAAUUCUGGUGGCCCGAGCUUGGAGUGGUAGUGGGACAUGCUCCAACAGAUGGGUGGGCUGAGGUUGUCUGGAAGGGACUCACUGAUCUCCAUGGGACGCUCAGCUGUUGGUUACAUGAGGGAGCACAAAUUAGUGAAGUGGAUAGGUGGGGAUCUUCCUGUCAGAUCACAGGGGCUUCUCAGAAUAGUGUGCUGCUCAUGUGA